CCUGCCUGCCUCUGCUGUGGGCCGCUCUUCUGUUGGCCCUGAACUGCGCAUGUCUAGAGGAUCCUGGAGCCACUGAGCAUCAUGCGGCUGAGCUGACGACUUCUCUCCUAGAGUUCAUCGUGAAGACGGGCGGCAGAGAGAACAGAAUCCUCCAGACCGUCUGUCCUGCACUGUCAGAUGUUCACAUUAACAGGACAGCGCUCAACCACGGGUUUCACAGGGAUGUGGUUACGGAGGUGACGCUGCCGGUUUCCAUGGCAACCCCGCCCAUGUCCUGCCGCCUGCUCCUGGUGGAGACGGUUCCAGCGGGAAUGUACGUCGACCUUCACCAGGUGACCUUCAGGACCGACUUCGGAGGCCCCCAGGUCCUGGCCCUGAGUGACAUUGAUGUAGAACAGGCAGCUCAUCAGUCUUCUCACCACAGACUCCUAUUGUACUCACCUCUACAGCAGAACCCAAAGGGUUUCACCUGGAGAGUGACGUUACCUGUACACCUGAGGUACCACAGGUGGGCAGGUGAUCAGGGGGAGGACACCUCUGCUACUAUAAGACUGGAGGGACCUGAUGUGCUCAUGCACUGUGAAGGAGACCGACCCGUGACCACGCCCUGUGAGGAGAGCAGGCUGUUCCCCGCCCCGUGCGAUGCAGAGUCCAGGGGAGUCUGUCUGUGGCAGCUGCUUAACGGAAAGGCCGAGCCACUGUCGUUCCAAGUCCCUAUAGGUCAGCAGAGCCAUGCAGUAUUUGUCAUCACUGGUACCACAGCAGUAGCAGCUCUGGGGUCUUUGUUAAUUCUGGUUGCUGCUAGAAAAGCCAGUAAGGUGGCACCAAGGAGGAAAGGGGCGAAGGACAAGAGAGAAUGA